GUUAUUUGUACCCAAAAAUUUGUACUCCAUUUUGUACACUACAGGGAUGCACCAAUAUUUUAUGUUGGUGUAAUUCUAAUUUUUGUUAAUGCACCAGCAUUUUGUAUCAGUGUAAAUUUUUGUUAAUGUACCACUUUGUAUCAGUGUAAACCAUUAAAAUAAUAAUGCAUACUUUUGAUAUAUAAAUAUAAUAUACGGAGUAAAUUUUAGGUACAUGUAGCUUAGUCUUGACUCUUGAUACUCCGUAAUAAGGAGUAUGAUUGAUUUCCAGCGCCCAGGCCAGAUUUUGCAUCCGUGGAGGAGCGAUACAUACCAUGGCUACUACCACACCUCACCGCUACAGCCAUGGCUUGACGCGGUCACUUCUUAGCUCAAACUACUGCUUCUCUUCCUCUGCUUUCGCUCAUCCCAACCUUCGGAACCCUAAGCUUUCACUUUGCAUUAGAACUGCUGCCAAACCCUCUCCCAAAAACAUCACUGGCGCUCAGCGGGACAAAGCAGCUCAAGAUUCUUCUCCGAUUUUGGAUACCCAGAUCAGCGAACCCGACCCGCAUCCUCCGCCCGGGCCUCCUCUUUGGAACUCGAGCUCUCCCAUAAAGGGAUUUAAAGUUGAUGGACUGGUUUGGGAGAUUUUAUCUAUUGCGUUUCCUGCUGCAUUGGCUCUGGCUGCCGACCCCAUUGCUUCUCUAGUUGAUACCGCAUUCAUUGGCCAUUUAGGAUCGGUUGAAUUGGCAGCAGCGGGGGUUGCAGCAUCAGUGUUCAACUUUGUGUCAAAGUUGUUCAAUGUUUCUCUCCUCAAUGUUACAACGUCAUUUGUAGCUGAAGAGCAGGCACAACUCAGCAAUGAUUCUAAUGUGCAUGAUGAUGGGGCUGCUCAACAGAGCAAGAUUAUUCUGCCAUCUGUAUCAACUUCAUUAGCACUUGCCACUGGCCUUGGCAUUGCAGAAGCGAUUGCAGUUUGUCUUGGCUCCAGUUUUCUGAUGGAUACAAUGGGUAUAAUUGCUGAUUCACCAAUGCGCACACCUGCUGAGCAGUUUCUUACAAUGAGGGCAUUUGGUGCUCCAGCAAUUGUAAUAGCACUUGCCACUCAGGGAACUUUUCGUGGGUUCAAGGAUACAAAGACACCUCUAUAUGCAGUUGGUGCUGGUAACUUGCUAAAUGCUAUAAUGAGUCCUCUGUUGAUGUUUUCCUUUGGUUUUGGCAUCAGUGGUGCUGCAAUUUCUACUGUGAUUUCUGAGUACUUGAUUGCUUUCAUCCUGCUUUUCAAGUUAAAUGACAGGGUCAUUCUUAUCGCUCCAGAAGUUAAUGGUGGAAGAGUUAUUCGAUAUCUUAAAUCCGGUGCUCUACUUACUGGAAGAACAUUAGCAGUGUUUGUAACCACUACACUAGCAACAUCCCUGGCUGCCAGAGAUGGUCCAAUAUCUAUGGCUGGCCAUCAAAUUUGUUUCCAAGUUUGGUUAGCAUUGUCCAUGCUUACGGAUGCUUUAGCUCUGGCAGGACAAGUAAAUUUUUCUGGCCUUCUACUAAUAUGUAACAGUACUGUUCACAGUUGCUGGAUUUAGCUGAAUAAUUAAAGUGUAUAGCCAUCUGUCAGUACAUUAUGAAUCUCUACAUUUUAAAUUACAGUCAUGUUUUCUUUUUCAUUAUCAUUUUUAUUUAACUCUCACUUUUUUUAAGGCUCUCCUUGCCAGUGAUUACUCUCAAGGUAACUAUAGCCGGGCACGUGAAGUGGUUUAUAAAGUCUUGCAGAUUGGUAUUGCAACCGGAGCAACCUUGGGCGUGUGCUUGCUCCUGUGGUUUGGAGCAUUGACUAGCUUAUUCAGCUCAGACUCCAAGGUCCUAGAAAUUGCAAGAUAUGGCACUUUGUUUGUUGCCGUAUCUCAACCAGUGAAUGCAAUUGCUUUUGUUCUUGAUGGCCUAUAUUACGGGGUCUCAGACUUCGAAUUUGCUGCCUACUCAAUGUUACUCAUUGGAUUGAUCUCCUCCAUUUUCUUAUUGGUGGCUACUCCCAUGUUUGGUCUUGCUGGAGUUUGGGCAGGACUUUUUCUCCUCAUGGCUUUGCGUGUGCUAGCUGGAUGUCUAAGACUGGGCACAAGAACUGGACCCUGGCAAUUUCUCUCAAGCAGUAGAGUGCUGGAUAGUGAUGCAGCAGAUGAUUCGUUGGUGGACAAAAAAUCAGAACAUGAUUAGGCUAUUAUGCCAUAUUACUUGGUUUUAAAUCCUGGAUUCCUCGUUGGAAAUUGAAAGCUAUAUCUGACAUGAGCAUGGCUUGAGAAGAAUGCAAGUAUCCACAUUCUUUCAUCAGCCGAUCUCGGGAGAUUAACCCGCAGGCUUCAAAAAGAAUCCUAGGCCGACAACGGGUAGAAGCUAAGUUGAACCUGGCCAUGUUAGCACUGCAUAGAUAGUUGAAAAGAGUAAAGCAGUUAAGCUCAGGAAGCUUCCAACAUGUGCAUUCAGUAGCUGUCUGUUAACAUUCAAUUUUGUGAAGAUGGAGGGUGGAGAAAAAGACACAGGUAGCCCUGGAUGCUUAAAGAAGAGUGACACGAUGGUUUGUUAGAUCGAGAGGUUUUAAUAUUUGAUAUGUGUCGAUUAGGGCAGACUUCAAAACACAGGCUAACGGGAAGGUUUUCGUAGUAUCUCUAGACUUGAAAGUAGAACCAGUUUUUCAUUCUCCAAACACUAAUUCUAAGAACUUGAAUUGGAGAUGUUAAAGCUCAUGUCAAUAUGUCUUACCAAACACAGUCUAAGUAGUGAUUAUUAUCAAAUGAACAAAUUUAGACACAACCC